AUGGUUCCGCGCCGCGCGCUCCUGCUGCCGCUGCCGCUGCUGCUCCUGUUCGCGCAGCCGCGGUUCGCCGCCGACACUGCGGCGCGCGCCAGGCUCCCCGAGACGGUGCGGCCGCUGCUCUACGAGCUGCUCGUGCAGCCCAACCUGACGUCACUGAGCUUCCGCGGGACGGUGCGCGUGCAGCUGGAGGUGCUGCAGGACACCGAGGAGAUCGUGCUGCACAGCAAGGAGCUGCUCAUCUCCAGGGCGGAGCUGCAGCUGGGGCCCCGCGGCCUCCUCCUUCUCCCCCUGCAGGUGCUGGAGCUGCCGGCCCUGGAGCAGGUGGCGCUGGCGCCCGCCGGCGGGGGGGGCCCGCUGGCGCGCGGGGGCGGCUACGUCUUGCACGUGGACUUCGCGGGCAAGCUCUCGGACAGCUUCCACGGCUUUUACAGGAGCACGUACCGCACGCGCGACGGAGAGGAGAGGGUCGUGGCCGCCACGCACUUCGAACCCACCCACGCCCGCGCCGCCUUUCCCUGCUUCGACGAGCCGGCCUUCAAGGCCAACUUCUCCAUCCGCGUACGCAGGGAGCCCCGGCACAUGUCCCUGUCCAACAUGCCCAAGCUGGAGAGCGUCGAGCUGCCGGGGGGACUCUUGGAAGACCGUUUCGAUGUCAGCGUCAAGAUGAGCACCUACCUGGUGGCUUUCAUCGUCUCCGACUUCCUGUCCGUGAGCAGCACAACCCAGCACGGAGUUAAGAUCUCGGUGUAUGCUGCUCCCGAGAAGAUCGACCAGACAGAGUUUGCCCUGAAAGCCGCAGUAAAGCUCCUGGACUUCUACGAUGACUACUUUGGCAUUCCGUACUCGCUUCCCAAACAAGACCUGGCUGCCAUUCCUGACUUCCAGUCUGGUGCGAUGGAGAACUGGGGCUUGACUACCUACCGGGAGUCGGGACUCCUUUUUGACCCCCAGAAGUCUUCUGCAUCCGACAAGCUGUCGAUCACCAUGGUCAUCGCCCAUGAGUUGGCCCAUCAGUGGUUCGGUAACUUGGUCACCAUGCAGUGGUGGAACGACUUGUGGCUGAAUGAAGGCUUUGCCAAAUUCAUGGAGUUUGUGUCCGUCAACAUCACGAACCCUGAGCUGGAAGUGGAGGACUACUUCCUCAGUAAAUGUUUCGAAGCCAUGGAGGUGGACGCUUUGAGCUCAUCGCACCCAGUGUCCAGCCCCGUCGAGGACCCAGCUGAGAUCCGGGAAAUAUUCGACGACGUGUCCUAUGACAAGGGAGCUUGUAUUCUGAACAUGCUGAGGGAUUUCCUCACUCCAGAGGUCUUCAAAAGGGGCAUCAUCCGCUACCUUCGGCGCUACAGCUACCAGAACACGGUGAACGCACAGCUGUGGGAAAGCUUCGCGAGUGUCUGUCAGCCGGGCCGUUCUGAUGAGGAGAGACUCUCUGGGGACGGAUUCUGCUCAAGAAGGAAGGAACGGAGCGGAACCUCGAAGUGGUACGCAGAGGACGGCCUGGAUGUGCAUGAAAUGAUGGACACUUGGACGCUACAGGAGGGCUUCCCGGUGGUUACUGUGGAGGUCCGAGGGCGCGAGGUGCGACUGAGUCAGGAGAGGUAUCUGAAGAACAAGGAGCCGAGCCAGAGCUCCAAGUUCCUGUGGCAUAUUCCGCUGACUUACAUCACCAGCAGGUCCAACACAGUACAUCGCUUCCUGCUGAAAACCAGGACAGAUGUGCUGCACCUCCCAGAGGAGGUCGAGUGGGUCAAGUUCAACGUGGACAUGAGGGGCUACUACAUAGUGCACUACGAGGCAGGCGGCUGGGAUGCUCUGGUCUCGCUCCUGCAGCACAACCACACAGCGCUGAGCAGCAACGACCGCACCAGCCUCAUCAACAACGUCUUCCAGCUGGUCAGCGUUGACAAGGUGCCCCUGGACCGAGCUCUGGACCUGAGCCUCUACUUGAGCAAGGAGACAGAAAUCAUGCCUGUAACACAGGGCCUCAGUGAGCUGGUGCCCCUCUACAAGCUCAUGGAGAAGAGGGACAUGGAGGAUGUGGAGAACCAGCUGAAGGCGUACAUCGUGAACCUGUUCAGGGAGCUCAUAGAGCGCCAGUCCUGGAGCGACGAGGGCUCCGUGUCCCAGCGGAUGCUGCGCAGCUACCUGCUGCUCUUCGCCUGCGUGCGCGGACACGCGCCCUGCACGCGCGCUGCCGGGGAGCUCUUCCGGAAGUGGAAGGAGUCCGACGGCACCGUGAGCGUGCCCAGUGACGUGAGCCUGGCGGUGUACUCGGUGGGGGCGCGAUCCGAGGAGGGCUGGGACUUCCUCUUGGACAAGUACCGCCGCUCGCUGUAUUCCUCAGUGAAGAGCCGCAUCAAGACUGCGCUCUGUACCAGUCCGCUGGGCCACAAGCUCCAGUGGAUUCUGGAGCAGAGUCUGGAAGGAGAGGUGCUCAAGACUCAGGACCUGCCCUACGUCCUCGUCUCUGUGAGCAGGAACCCCAAGGGCUACAGACGCGCCUGGGACUUCCUGAGGGCCAACUGGGAGCGGCUGCUCAACAAAUUUGACCUGGGCUCUCCGGCCAUCGCGCACAUGGUGACCGGGGUCACCGGCCAGUUCUCCACGCGGGAAAUGCUGGAAGAGGUGCAGCACUUUUUUAGCUCGCUCAGGAAGGAGACCGGAGCAGGACUGCGCUGCCUCCAGCAGGCCUUGGAGAGCAUCGAGGAGAACAUCCGCUGGAUGGAUAAGAACCUGCCGCUCCUGAAGGCCUGGUUAGACAAACGCGGGCCCUUCGAGGGCCCCGGAGACCACGGCCUGUGAAACGCAGCUGCGUCCGCGUGCUGUCCCUCCGGGAACCCGACCCGAACACGAAAAGAGCGGGAGAGGCGGCCGAGGGAGCUGCUGGCACAGCGAUCACACUUUGUGUGUGUGUGUAUUAUAACUCUUAUGUCCAUUGCUGUUGUGGAAAAAACAGGUGUCUUUAAAAAAAAAAAAAAAAAAAAUGGACAUAAAGAAUAGAAUGUUGCUUCAAGUGUUACUGUCAGUGGCCUUUAUAAAGAUUUUAUUGUAAA